CAAGUGUCUCUUGUUUCCGUGUGUGUACAGAAAGAAAACAUUUCUGUGUUUGGAAAUCGGUACGCGAUUUUAUAGAUUCAACUAAAAUACAAAAGCAUGUUUACCAAUGUUUUUUUGACGUCUAGUAAAUGCUUCAAGAUGCUUCCAUAUGGCUCGUAGGAGUGAAAGUGCCUAAAAGUCUCGAGCGAGCGAAUCCAGCAUGAACAUAUUUGCGUCGGGUGCUUGAUGGCGAGUGUUGCUAGGUACAAAUUUGUGCCAUCUAUGAUCCACGAGAAGGACGAUGUGUUUUUACAAGUUUUGGACGAAGACUCCAUUCUCACUGGGCUCCGAAAUGAGAUGAGUCCGACAAAAAGAAUUUCAAUUUUAGAAAGCCUACGUAUGUCAGUCCGUCGUAGUGGUGGACAACUUCACAUUCAAGAAAGAUUCAGUUUGUUCAACGCUAUUAAUAACAUUUUGUUGGACAAUGACGUUAACACACGUUUAGCGUGUUUAAAUCUUGUCUGUGAGGUUAUACCAGACUUCGGAAGUGCUUUAGACGAAUGUAUGGCAUUAAUUUUGCCUCAAUUGGUGGUUUUUAUUGCUCACAAUCAAGUCUCUUUGAAGAAGUUGGCAGUACAGACCCUACAUGUCUACAUGAAACAUUCAGAACAUUUAGAGAACGUACUUAAUGCUAUAAUCCAACAUGGUCUCGAAAGCGAUAAUAUGGACACUCAAAUGGAAAGCUUGAUAGCUUUACCGAUACUUAUUACGCCUAAUUUUGCCGAUGAAGACUUGUUUUCACUGACCGAGGCAUUAGUUGGACGAAUUGCUGGCAAUUCAUCCACUCAUGCGAACUCGGGAACAGAUACCACUUCCUUGGCAAUGAUAUCACUAGAGCGAAUAAGGAAUGUGGUAGGCAAGAGGAAUUUUGACAUAUAUGUUCAAAGACUUCAACCCAGACUACAAACAGUUUUAAAUAAAACCAUGAAGUCAGUAGGAAGUGACAAUGAUAAGAGUAAAUCUAGGAAAAGCAAGAGCGCUGGAGUCUCAACAGAAGAUGCCAGUCAUGGUGUUAAUAUAGACAAGACUAAGCUGAAUCGAGGGCUCACCAUAGCAGGCAUAAGUCAUGAAGCUGUUGUACAUCACAAGUCUGAUGCAAGAUACAUACCACCUGGCAUUAUGGGGAAAUUUAAAGAUACUGAUUGGAGGUUAAAAGUGAUUGGAAUCGAGGAACUUCAAGCUUGGCUGGACAAUGGUACAAAUUUGGAGAUACUCCUACCACACUUACAACAUUUUAUUUCUGUUUUAAAGGAAUUAGUAAAUGAUUCUAACUUCAAAGUGAAUCUAAGUUGUCUUCAAUUAUUUGGAGCAAUUAUAGACAAACUUGGGGCAAAAGUUGAACCAGUUCUAGAGAUUUUAGUAAAUGUCCUUUGCAGUAAACUUGGUGAUAAUAAAAAUGUGAUGAAACAAACAAAUAUGCAAGUUUUUAAGAAAUUGAUGCAAAAUGUGUCACCAAAAAGAGUUCUUGAAGUCCUAAAAGGGAACAUUAAACAUAGGAACUCACGAGUACGAGAAGAAACAUUGAAUGUGAUAAUUGCAUCCCUCUUGACAUUUCCAAGCAACACAUUUGACCUACCUCAGCUAACAAAUGAUAUUGCACCUGCAUUGUUGGACCCAAAGAGUCGUGUAAGGCAUGCUGCAUUAGAAGCAUUUGCAGUGAUUUCUCAAUUGAUGGGACGAAGUAAUUUGCAACCAUUAGUUUCCUCUGUUGAUAACAUUGAGUUAAACAUGGGAGGUGAUGGUGUCAUGGCUGCUGUGCAGGCAAGAUUUGCCAGACGUCAACUUCCAAAACUAAACAUGGAUGGAUUGGUUGAAUAUGCAGUUCCAUUACCCUCAUCUGGGUCUGCCAAAGUAAAUGCAAAUAUGUCUCCUAGGGGAGCAGAUGUUGAAUGGAUUUUAGCAGCUGGUGUUUCAUCAGAUGGUCCAUUGUCUGCAAGGUCUACUCCAGGUUUAAGCGAUUCAGCUUCAUCAAGUCCACAUAGACAUCUGAGUGCUGGAAAGAGUAGAUUGCCUUGGGAAAAUGGCAAGUCAACCAGUGACACAAAUGAGGAUCAUCCUCAAAAAUUAAAAAACUCCUGGGCUCUUGAUGAUCAUCAUGAUAUUGACUUGGGAGCAACUAAAACCAACAAAGGACCACCUCCUCAUUCAUCAUAUGCUGUAAAAUACAGUAAUAGGAAAGCCUCAACAAGCAGCAAUCCACCAGAAUCAUCUAAUCCAGUCACUUCCUAUGCCCAGCUUCACAAGAGUAAGUCAGCCAAAAGCCAAUCCUUUUCAACCAAAACUGUAAAGGGCAACAACUUGGGCCCUAUUAUGAAUGGAACAAAUGGUUACUCCUUGAUAUACAAGAAGGGAGGUUUGGGUAAUAAAGCAAUUCAAGAUCAUCCCAACAGUUUUGAUCCUAAUAAUCAUCCAAGGAAGCCUCUUGUGAGGAAUAAUUCUGUUGGAGGUAAAUCACUCAGCCCUUUAAAUCCUUCAUCACCAAAAUCACCAGCAGCCAGACGAAAAACAAACACCAUGAUGGGUGUGAAGAACAAUGUUAGCCUCUCAGCCUCCCUUCCUGAUUGGUCAGAAUUAUCUAAUAGACAGCGAAAACUUUUGUCCUCUGUCUCAUCAUCAGGUAUGAGUCGUGAUGAAGAGCACCCCAGUUUGUCUAAUCCAUAUGUUGAAAGUCCAAUUCAAACUAAACCAACUUUGGUGAAAUCAGCUUCAAGGAAAGGUCGGGGGUUGAAGUCAAUUGACCCUGUCUCCAAUAUGAGACUUCCAAAUGCUGCCAGUCCAACCAUGCAUUCACCUGUUCCACUCAGAGAGCAACAAUUUGAUGGUUAUCAACAUAUGACAUCAGGAGGGAGAAAUCUUUCUCCUCUAUCAUCAGAUACUGAAGAUAGUCCACGAAAAUAUAAAUCAAUGAUUGGCAACAAAACCUGGUCAUCAGGUUCAAGGAAUAAUGAAGAUGAUAUAUUACCAUUUGACACUAAGCCACGUAUAGCUCGGACUCCAUUACACAUAAAACAUCAGACGUCUUCAGAUGGUACAAAUGUUGCUGACCAACCACAUAUGAGUGGUUAUGCAGUCAAACAACAUAAUGAAAUAGAAAUUAAGAAGAACAAUGACAUGGAAAUUGUUGGACAUGCUUUUGAUUCACCAGAAAAGAAAACUAACCAAACUAUGAAAUCAACCCUUGGUAGCACAUCUGGCAUUGGUAGUAGUUUAGAGGAGUCAGGUGAAUUGAGGGCUGGAUUUGAAUGUCUAUUGCGAGACAGAGGAGAGGAUGAGGUUGAAGACUAUGAGUUAGAUUAUGAAGAUGACACAGACUCUCAAGAUGAUCUAGAUAAUUCUGAUGAUCAAAAUUUGAAGAAUGGUCAAUUAUUAAGAGAUUAUAAAAAACAAAUUGUGGAUACGUUGGAUGAUGAUGAUACAUACAGUGAUACAAUGGAGGAUGAUGGUAGUGAUGGAGAGAGCUUGGAGGACAGCGAGGGAUAUGAAGAAUCUGAUGAAGAUGAUGAAGACAAAUCCCCCAAACGAUCUUCGUCGUCCGACGAAUACGAUAACUCCCGAAGUGAGCGACAAAGUUUAUCGAAGUCAACGCGAGAGCGCAUGGAACGUAAGAGAAUUGAAGAGGAACAACGAAUAUUGCGCGAGAGACAGAGAAUUGAAGAAAUACAAAAUCAGUCGAAGAUCGAAGCUAAAGAACAAAACUUAAGAGCAAAAUUAGCGAAAGAACAACAAGAAAUUGAGGAUUUGAUCAAACGAAAAGAGAAAGAAAAAAAAUAUGAACGAAUGAAGCAAGAAAAAUUGUUGCAGCAGUUUAAAAAGAAAACAGAAAAUGAAGAAUUUUUGAAAAGCAAAAAUCAGCUGGAAGAUUUGGAAGCAGCUAAGGAAGUUCACAGACAAAAGGAAAGAGCUGAGACAUUAAAGAAAAUACAACAGAAGAAAAAUGAUUUUAGAGUGAGCAAUGAAGUCACAAAUGAACAUUUAGAAGAUUUGACGGUGCAAGGUUAUCACACACCCACUGUAUCCACUGGCAUGACCAAUAAACAGCCACCUGCAGUAUCUACUAGUACAGCUGUUAAUCGAACCCUGCCAGUAGUAUCCAGUACAUUAGUUGACAAACAAGCCCAUGCAGUAUCCAAAACAUCAGUUGAGAAACCUGCGCCUGCUGUAUCCAAAACAUCAGUUGACAAACCUGCGCCUGUAGUAGCCAGUGCAGCAGUUCACAAACCGGUGGUGACCAGACCUCCCUUGUCAUCACCUAAAAAGAAAUCUGAGAACGCCAGUCAUAACCAUCAUGUGUCAUCUCAAGCAGAAAGUGUUAGUGAAUCUUCUAAACAAUCUCAUUCUCUUCCUGUAUCAUCCUCUGUGCCAAUUUGGGAAGUUGCUGUUUCUGAACUCCACCCAUUCUCCAACGGCGAUGCUGCCAUUAAAACAACGUUAAAGCUUCUGGACGACACUGAAUGGGAGGUGAAAUGCGAUGGAUUACUGUGUGUUCGACGUUUGAUACGUCAUCAUGUUGACGACGUCGUUCAACAACUUCACGUUCUUAUAUUAGCUGUUGUCGCUGAGGUGAAGAAUCUGCGUUCUCAAGUCUCUCGAGCCGGCAUUUACGUAUUGGGUGAUAUGUUCACUUGCCUUGAGAGAAACAUGGAUUUGGAUCUUGAGUUGACGACAAAUGCUCUGCUGAAAAAGGCAGGUGAAUCAAGUAGUUUCAUCCGUGGUGAUGUAGAGCGUUCUCUAGGAUGUAUGAUCUCAUCCGUUUCGCCAAGUAAAGCAAUAUCUACCCUGGUAGCAGGCGGAUCAAGCCAUCGCAAUGUGAACGUGCGAAAAACUGCAGCAAGAUUUUUGUGCUUGUUAGCUGAACGCAUGGGUCCUGCGCGAUGCUUGAGUGGGUCAAAGGAUAUCACGGAAAGAAUCUUAGUGGCUGCUGCAACGUUUGCUUCCGACGGCGGAGCUGACACUAGGUAUUAUGGCAGAUAUAUCUUGCACAUGCUUGAUGGUCAUGCAGAUUUUGACAAAAUGUUGAAAAAGUAUCUUCCAUCAAAAUCUCUCGAGCCUACUUUAAGCAUCAUAAAUAAUUUGAGAAGCAAAGGUUUGGGCGAUCCACCGAGCGAUAUAAGCUCGGCGCGUGCUCGUAAAGCACCGGUGACAAGCGGAGUUGGUUCGCGUGGUUCAAGUAUCGUAUCCACAGAUGGUGGUGGAAUUUCCACCAGCAAUGUUGCUUCACCUGUUAGUAAUACCUCAAGAGAAAGUUCAAGGCGACGUGCAAGACGUGUUUCACAUGAUGCUCCGUCACCACAGGAUCAAGAGGAUAUAGGAAGGCUUGUUGAACAGCUUUCUAGUAAAGAUUGGCAAGACAGAAUACUGGCAAUUGACUCGAUGGAGGAGAUUAUAGAAACACGGUUAUCAUUGUUCACUUCAAAUAUUGUUAAGAUAAUGGAUGGUUUUUCCCCACGGCUUUUGGACAACAAUAGCAAGGUGAACCUUCAUGCAUUACAAUGCCUGGAACGUGUCAUUCCAACAUUACGAGAUUCACUCAAUAGUUGCGUCGCCUCCGUUGUACCGAUUCUUGCAAAAAAUCUUGCAUCCAAGAACAAUAAUAUUGGAAAUAUGGCGGAGAAUGUUCUGAACAGUUUCAUCAAACAUCUUGAUAAUGCGCGUCUUCUUCAGCCUCUUGGUCAUUUCAUUCUUGUUUCCCCUGGUGGAAUACAAAACAGACCUUCGGCUGUAAAAAAGUUAUUAAUUAUUAUCAAAGACGUUUAUCCACGGAAACCGAACCUUGUUUUAAAACACGCUUUACCAGUGCUGUGGAAACUUCUGGAGUCCUCGAGCAGUGCUUCAUAUGGUAGUGGAAACAUGAAGGAGAGCGUGAAGAGUCUGGCUAACUUACUGUAUUCACUAAUGGGGGAAUCCCUGUUUGAUCAGGCUCAAACGAAAUCUCAUAGACUACGUCAGAAGCUCAAAGAACUACUUGAUCAAUAAAUCGUACUUUCAAAACAAGAUAGCAACAGGCGACGAUGUCGAAGGAUGCAAGUUAUGGUCUCAGCUCAUCAUUUUAGAUUUCGUUGUUCUAGCCAGAUAACUAAUAGAGGGUUUAUGACAAGAUGACGUGAUCGCCUAUCGUGUUGAAAAAGUUGAUUUCUUAAAGAGUUCUAUAUACAUAUAUAUAAUAUAUAAUUUAUUAACUUAUUACAUAAUAUGUUUUUAACAUUUGUACAUACAAAUAUCUUAACAAUGCGUGAACAUUUUUAGACUAAAAAUUCAAUAA